CUUCUGCCGCAAAACCAGAUUCUCAAUCACCUUUCAUUCCCAAAAUGCCACAAGUCUUGGAUGUCGUUCUACCUUCAACAGUUGUACCCAAGAACUCUGCAUCUGUCGUUUCUCAGUCUCAGCCAAUCAUUAAAGCAAAUAACAAUGCUCAGGUGCCAUCUUCUAAACCUCGACCUCCACCUCCAGCCAAGACUGCGUCCUCUAAGGAUCUGCCAUCCCUUGGUGUGAGGCGUGAUUAUGCAGCAAUUAUGCCAGGAAGAUUUCCUCACAUCUGCUCUUUAUGUAACAAAGAAUGCCCUCAACUAAAGGAUUGGGUUACCCACCAGACAAGCAACCAACACCAUGCGAACUGCAACCGCCUUCGCAACCAAUACCCCCAUUGGGAUGAAGAAGUGCAAAGGGAUGCAAUUAAAAGUUCUAGGACUUUAACCCGAGCCUCCCUACAUUAUCGUUCCCGCUCAAACAGCGGCACUUGUUCCAGCUCAGGAGAUGGACGCGACAAAUCCAUCAGCCGUUCACAUUCCCGCUCAUACAGUCCACGUCAUCGGAGGAGCUCAAGAGAUGGAAAGCACAAAUACAGCAGUAGAUCAGGACAUAGCAAAAACAGAUCCAGUACUGGCUCCAGUUCCCGUUCGUACAGCCCCAUCCGCCAUGGCUCAAGAGAUAGAAAAAACCACUCCAACGGUAGUUACUCCCAACACAGGCUGCAAUACCGCACCUCAAGGUCUAGGUCUCGCUCUUGCUCCCCACGUUAUAAUCGUUCUGGUUAUCGAUCACGUUCAAGAAGCUAUGAGAAACGGUCCUCACCAAAGAGAAUGAAUAAGAGAUCAAUUUCACCAAGAAGGAACCAUGAACGACAGUUGUCUCAAGGAAGAAGUUGUGAGCGAAGAUCGUCACCAAGAAAUGAUCCGAAAGAGGGGUCAAAGAGAUUCCUUGAGCGCCAGUCAAGGUGGUCCCCAACAAGCAAUGGUGAGCAACUCUCACCCAGAAGAAGUGGCAACAGAAGACGAUCACCAGUGAUGAGCCAUGACCAACACUCCUCUAGGUCUAAUGACAGGCUGUGGUCACCACAAAGAAGGACAGAUGUUAGUACUUAUGACAAGCACCGGUCUCCGCCAAGACGGUCCGACGACAAGCACCGGUCUCCGCCAAGACGGUCCGACGACAAGCACCGGUCUCCUCCAAGACGGUCCGACGACAAGCACCGGUCUCCGCCAAGACGGUCCGACGACAAGCACCGGUCUCCGCCAAGACGGUCCGACGACAAAUAUUGGUCACCACCAACGUACCAUGAUCGACAUUCAUCCCCAAGAAGGAAUGAUGAUAAAAGAUGGUCACCAACAAGAAAACGUGAAUCAUUCCUUGAAAGAGAGGAGCAACAAUUCCUGUCAAAGCAGAGUGAUGAGGAAGCGUCAUGUCUAAGGAGAAACCGCAAGAGACAUGCGUCUCCAGAAGGAGAGCCAUCCUGUCAGAAUAAGAAGUCCAGCAGUGUACGGAUCCUGACGAAGCGGCUGCUGGAAAAUUCAGCUAUCGAGUCUGCCUCAGGACAGUCCAACAUCAAAGACGUCAUAGAUUUAAUGGUUCCUGUUUUACUGGCUGAACUUGCAAAGAAUCAGGAUUGCUCACAGUCAUCAUUAGGAUUGUCCUCACAGGACAAAAGGAGAAAGAAGAUCUGGGGAUACCAAGGAACUGGGUUCAUCUGA